GCGCGUUACGGAGUCCUUAAAUACAUGAUUGAGGAAACUAUUUCACAAAGUCCAUUGGAAAUUAAUUAAUUUUUUUUGUGUGUGUGUUAAUUGAGUUGAGAUGGGAAUCUGCAUAUCCGUUGCAUCUUCAGAGAUUCACGAGGCCGAUGACUGUCAUCACGAAAACGUUGUCUUCUUGGCUGAAAACAUCGCUUCCCUUGGAACUCAAGGACUUGGCUCUCUUUAUACUAAACAAGGAAGCAAAGGGCUAAACCAGGAUGCUGCCAUCCUUUAUCAGGACUAUGGAAUAGAAGGUGGAGCAUUUUGUGGAGUUUUUGAUGGUCAUGGGAAGAACGGUCACUUAGUGAGCAAUAUGGUGAGAAAUAGGUUGCCAUCACUUUUGUUAAACCAAAAGAAUGCUCUGGAAAAGAUUAGAACAGCAGCAGAUGAUAAGAGUUUUCAACAUCAAGUCGCAAAAACAGACGUCAAAUCGAUACCAAACAAGGAUUUUCUUAAUUGGCAAGAAGCUUGUAUCGGUGCUUUCAAGGUGCUGGACAAGGAGAUAAUGCUUCAAGAGAAUUUGGAUUGUUCCACCAGUGGAACCACCGCAGUUGUUGUUGUCAGACAGAGUGAAGAUCUUGUUAUUGCAAACGUUGGCGAUUCAAGAGCAGUGCUAGGAGCAAUAACCGAGAACGGGAUCAAGGCUGUUCAAUUAACCACUGAUUUGAAGCCUGGUUUACCAAAUGAAGCAGAAAGAAUAAGAAAUUGCAACGGAAGGGUCCUUGCUUUAAAGGGAGAACCACAUAUCCAGCGUGUAUGGCUGCCCCAUGAAGAUUCUCCAGGCUUAGCCAUGUCUCGAGCUUUUGGUGAUUUCCUACUCAAGAACCACGGAAUAAUUGCAGUCCCUGACGUCUUCCGUCAUCACUUAACCCCAGAUGACCAGUUCAUUGUUCUCGCAACAGAUGGGGUAUGGGACGUGCUCAACAACAACCAAGUUGCCUCCAUAGUGAUGGAAGCAGAAAGUGAGCAGGAGGCGGCAAAGGCGGUGGUGGAAGCGGCUACCGCCUCAUGGAAAAAGAAGUUCCCAUCUUCAAAAGUAGAUGACUGCACCGUGGUUUGCCUCUUCUUCCACAAGAAGCAAAAGCCAAGCUAAAUAGUUGUGUGGCAGAGAGGAACAUAUGUUUUCAAACACCCGUUUGUGAGCUGUGACUAAUUUGUUAACCAGCGUUAACUAUUCCAAAGAUUGAGAUGCUCUUUGGUCCAGUGAAUUGUAACCAUGUUGUAUCCAUUACGUUGGCAUGAUAACGAGUUCGGAACCAGUCAGUUUCAA